AUGCCACUUCUUCCGCCCCCCAGCAGAGCCUUGCCUCCAAAUUUACUCAGAAGUCCUCCCCAAGAUCUCGUAGUCUGUUGCCGCCCGCCCGCACUCUCCUACAUCUCCCGCACCGCCCACCCCAAUGCCCUCCUCCUCGUCAGUCACCAACUCCACGCCGAGUACACCACCUCAAUCCGCGCGUCCGCCCUACACGGCUUCCGUCUGAACCCCCUGGUGCUGCACUCGGCGUCCUUCCACCACUUCGUCGCCCCGCUGCUCAGCUCCGUCCGCCGCGUCUCUCUCGAUGUCAGCCUCAAGGCCGAACUCGGCGCUCUCUCGCCCGUAGAUGGCCGCGCGUGUCACGCGGACGCGAUGGCAGCUUUAGCGCUCGACCGGCCCAAGCUCUUCGUCGCGGUGAUGGGGAAAGCGCACGAUACCACCAUCGCGCGACACCAGCCGUGGUCCGAGCGGGCGCUGAAUCGCGAGUGCUGGGCCCUGUAA